UUAAUUUGACCCUACUAUUUUCACUUCUCAAAUUGAAACCUCCGCUUAAACCCUCAGGUAGGAAAAGAUAAGGUUCAGAGAGUGAAGAAGCGAAAGUGUGGAAAAUGGCUUCUUUAAACGUAGCUCUUUUAUCUUCUCGGCUUCAAUUCCAUUCAUCUUCCAUCCGUUGUGCUCUUCCAACAAUCUUCAAUCUCUCUUCACCAGCUGAGAGUUCGUGCGUUAUCAAACCGACUCACUUUAUUAAACGGCGUUUGAGAGCUAAAUCGACGAACUUUUCUCUUUCUACCUUGCCACGGAGAGGAGGGUUCGUAUGCAGAGCUGCGGAGUAUAAGUUCCCGGAUCCCAUACCCGAAUUCGCCGAAGCUGAGACAAAGAAAUUUAGGGACCAUAUGACAAAGAAACUAUCAAAGAGGGAUCUUUUUGAAGACUCUGUUGAUGAGAUUGUCGGAGUCUGCACUGAGAUCUUUGAGACGUUCUUGCGUAGCGAGUAUGGAGGACCUGGAACACUCUUGGUCAUACCCUUCAUCGACAUGGCUGAUACUCUUAAUGAAAGGGAACUGCCUGGAGGUCCACAAGCCGCACGUGCAGCUAUCAAAUGGGCUCAGGAUCAUGUAGACAAGGACUGGAAAGAAUGGACCGGCACUGAUUAGUAACACCCGAACCUCAAAUCAUCAACUCAUAGUUCAGCAGUCAUGUAUCAGAUAAUAGAUUGUCAUUGUAAAACUCUGUAUUUUCCAGAUUUCAGUAUUUUAUCACCUCUCUUAUAUAAUCGUUGGUAUCCUCAUCUGUUUCCCAAGGUGAUUAGUGUAUGGUUGAGUGGAUUCUUCUGAUGUACCAAAUAAGAAUUGAAGAUACCUAAGAUCUGUUUGUU